AUGGAGUGGAGUGGCGGAACAUACCCUGCAGCCGCUGCCUGGCACCAAGAGGGCAGCGAGAGGCCUGCGGUGGCUGUCCCGAAGGCGAGUCCCUACAAGCGAGGGGACUGGCCGGAGCCGCGGCCGUCCUCCCCCGCUCACCGCCUCUGCCAGCUAGCCGUGCCAGAUCGCAACGCCUCGCCCAGCCCCGGCGGGGCGGACGGGUGGGCGUCCCUGGCGCAAGGCCCGCCCAGCCCCUCCCUCCCGGCCCGGGUCUAG